GCGCUGCUCUGGAUGCUUUGUUUACGUCCAGCACACAGACGGUUAACGGAGACUGACAAGCCAAGGACAGUUGCGCAUGCGCAGUGGGCGCCGACAGAGGAAAGAGCCGGGGAGUAGUCAAACAGUCCUCGACCAGAGAGACGGAGCGAGGAGAGCGAGAACAGACCGACCACACGGCUCCAGCUGGGGUUUCUCCCCCUCAAACCAACUAUGCUCGUCUCGCCGCUGUCGCUUCAUCUCUGGUGUCCGCUUCCCGGUCGCUGAAUGGCGCUGGUUACCGUGCAGCGAUCACCGACCCCCAGCACCAGCUCCAGCCCCUGCGUGUCGGAGUCCGGUAGUGGGGAGGAUGACCGUCGCUCUCAGCCGAGGAGCCUCAGUGAAAGUUUCCUGACAGUUAAAGGGGCUGCUCUCUUCUUACCUCGAGGAAAUGGCUCCUCUCCUUCGUCUGCCUCUCGCUUCUCACAGCUGCGAAGCAAACAUGCAGGAGACAUCCAGCAGCAUCUACAAACCAUGUUCACUCUCCUCAGACCAGAGGACAACAUCAAACUGGCGGUUCGUUUGGAGAGUGUUCACACUCAGAUCACCCGCUACAUGGUGGUGGUCUCAACCAAUGGCCGCCAAGACACGGAGGAGAGCGUGGUGCUCGGAAUGGAUUUCAGUCCUGUAGAUAGCUCAUGUUCUGUAGGGAUGGUUUUGCCCUUAUGGAGCGACACAUUGAUACAUCUUGACGGAGAUGGGGGUUUCAGUGUGUCAACUGAUAACAAAGUGCAUGUAUUCAAGCCGGUUUCUGUGCAGGCCAUGUGGUCGGCCCUCCAGUCACUCCAUAAAGCAUGCGAGGUGGCUCGUUGUCACAACUACUUUCCAGGCAGCUUGUUCCUCACCUGGGUUAGCUACUAUCAAAGCAGAGUCUGCUCCGACCAGGCACGCAUCAACGAGUGGAACGCCAUGCAGGACGUGCAGUCGCACCGUGCCGAUUCGCCCGUGCUCUUCUCUAAUGCACCUACAGAGAGGGAGCUGACAGAGCGUCGGAUCAAAACCAGUUUGAGGGAGGUUAUGAUGCAAAAAGACCUUGAGAAUGUCACCUGCAAAGAAAUCCGAACAGCGCUGGAAAUGCACAUGACAUGCAACCUGCGAGAGUUCAAAGAGUUCAUUGACAAUGAGAUGAUUAUCAUUCUGGGCCAGAUGGACAGUCCUACUGAGAUCUUUGAUCACGUCUUCUUGGGAUCUGAGUGGAAUGCAUCCAAUUUGGAGGAGCUGCAGAAGAGCGGGGUUCAGUACAUCCUGAAUGUAACAAGGGAGAUUGAUAACUUCUUCCCCGGUGUGUUUGAGUACCACAACAUCCGUGUUUACGAUGAGGAGGCCACGGACCUGCUUGCUUAUUGGAAUGAAACCUACAAGUUUAUAACUAGAGCCAGGAAAGCCGGAGCAAAGUGCCUGGUGCACUGUAAAAUGGGCAUUAGUCGCUCUGCAGCCACAGUGAUUGCAUACGCCAUGAAGGAGCACGGCUGGGAUCUGAAAAAAGCCUUUGAUUACGUCAAGGAGCGUCGAGCUGUGACCAAACCUAACCCGUCUUUCAUGAGACAGCUGGAGGAGUAUCAGGGCAUACUGCUGGCAAGCAAGCAGAGGCACAACAAACUGUGGCGUUCUCACUCUGAUAGCGACCUGUCUGACCACCAUGAGCCACUGUCUAAAUCUUACGCCCAACCGCACAGCCUGGGUCGCUCCGACCCCCAUAACCAGGCCAGCAGCGCGCCUGGUCCCUCUGUGAAAGAACUGCUGGAUUCACUGGGAACUUCAGCCAUCACUGGCAAAGCAACGCACUCCACCAGCCAGCCUGAUACUGGCAUCCAUUCCAAUCAGUACAGCUCGUCAUCCUUUCAGGGGGUGGCGGCCCUGUCAGGCGAUACUGAAGCUCGAAGCCUUGAAGCCCCUUCUCAUUCUGCUGAAGUCCAAAUCAGCCAGUUGGACUCCCCUUGUCCCGAGUCCACAGCUGGCUCUGUGUCUCUGUUAUCUCCUCCACUCUCCAACGGCUUAUGUGACUCUGAGGAGCAGCCUUCAUCGCCUCCUCUCUCCCAGCCGAGGGCCGCCACUGUGCUGCCUGAACCUCAAAACACAGCCGCGGUGACCCCAUCCUUUCAGCUCCCCCUCUCCCCUGCUCCAUCCCCAACUCCAGACUGCGUGGAUGAGGUUAUCAAACCCCUGGUGGUGUCCUGCUCUCUGCCUGUGAUGAAACCAAUGCUAGUGCUGUUGCCUGAGCCAAUGACAACACAAAGCACACAACAGGCUGGACCCCAGUGUUUGUCUGCACCGGUGCCUGUCAAAAACACAGACUUUGACCAACACAUGUGUGGCUUGUCUUUGGACGGUUUAACAGCACAUUCUCCUUCCACUAGUGAUUUUAUCAGCCACCCCAGUGCCAUUCCACAUGACAACGUGUUGUUGUUCGGCCACAGCCCUGAUCACAUAAACUUUUUCAGUGCCAGAGAAAAGUUCAAGGGAAUGAGUCAAGAUGGUAAAACUCACUGUGCUGCAGUGCAGCAGUCACCCCAGCUGAAGACUUGUGGCAAGGAACAACAGCCGCUGCCUCAGGAGGUCCCCAUUAGUGAGGGGAAGGUGGAGGAGAAAAGACAAGAAAUGAUCAUCCCUGUGCAGGUCACAGGACUGAAGGCUGCAGUGCACACAGAGCCACAGGGCCCCCAGGACCAGGAAGUGAGGAAGUCGAUGCAGGAAAUAGAUGAUGGAGAUGUUUUAUCACAGAAGGAAGCUGAGAAUGUUAAAGAGGAAGUGAGAAACAAAGAAGAAGAAGAGGAGGCGGCUCCUGGUCGUCUGUGCAGCGAUUGGACGAGGGGGUCUGUGCGGCGUGUCACGCGACAGCUGGAGCAAAGAAUGAAACAAGAGCAUGAGACUCCGUCACCUUCCUCAUCUCCUCCGUCCCUCUCCCGCAGCAUGUCCUGCCCUCAGCGGCGUCCACACAGCGUCCAUGCUGUGACAAUGUCGAAUCCACACAACACAUCGGUUGGACUGCAAGUGUCAGAAGUUAGCACCGUGCAGGACGAGCAUGCGGACGACGGUGAUAAGUUUGGACCAGUUAAAAGAGAGGGUGGAGAUGUAGCUGAUGUGGGUGCACUAGGAAAUAAUGACAAAAGCACAAAAGGACACAAAUUCCAACCUGCUGAUAUUAGAUUGCUCUCUACCUCUUCUCCUUUCCAACGCUCUGCCCAUUCUCCUUUUGCCUCUGUGAACUUCCUGUGUUUGGAGGGCGUGACAGAUUUGGAGUCAGGCACCGACUGGGACUGCCCCACAGAGGGACCUCACAGUGACAUUAUCAUGAGGGAGACGUGGGAGACUUUGUGCGAGCUGGGUGCCUUCCUGCAGCAGGUGAGCAUGGACAGCGCCUGCAAGUCAAGAUGUGUGGGCCAGGUUUUUGGCCUCGGUCUUGGAACCACUCAGAAUCGAGGUAGCGGUAUCCAGAAGAGGGUCAGAGAGGUGGAAGCGAGGAUUCGCCAGGCUGGACUGACCCCGCCAUCCCUGAUGAAGCGCUCGGCCUCCCUGGCCAAGCUGGGCUGUCUGGAGCUGCUCGCCAAUGACCUGAGUGAGUGGGAGCUCAGCCGCUCUUCUGUAGCUCCAUCGUCAGCAGAACCUCUGAUCCACACAGCUAGCGAUGAGUCCAAGAAGCAACGGGUCCACAACUCUCCUUCCUCAGCCGGCCAGCAGCCAGAAGUCCUCGGGACUGGGGUGAGGAGGCUUUCUGAAGCUGGAGAAACCUCACCAGGAGCCUCUCCACCGUCCAGUCCGCAAACAGGAGAAUUCCCUAACUCUGACCAAGACUCUCUGCAUGUGUCUGGGCUGACACUUAUGGCAACAAGGCAGCAAUAUGGAAGGACUCACCCCCUGCGGCGGCUUAGGAAAAAAACUGCUAGUACCCUUUACCACACCAUGUAACCCUCACCGUGUGUGUGUGUGUGUUGUGUGUGUGUGUGUGUGUAUGUGUGUGUGUGAGAGAGAAAGAGGGAUAGUGCACACCUGUGAGAAUUGUAAAUCAAGUGCAUAAUGUUGGAUUCAUUCAGCAAAACAAACCAAUGCCUCUUGCCUUAAAGAAUAUGUUAAGAUGUUUCUGUACAUGUUUUCCUCACUGUGAAAUCCAAGAUAUGAGAUACUUUUCUCAGUGCAGGAACAGUGACAUGGCUAUGAAGGUUUUCAAUUGAAACUAAACCUAUGAAUCAAACUGGAAGAAGCGCUGUGUAGUUGGAACCCUUCCAGAAGAAGUCCUACAGAAAGCAGCAAAAACAAUCUUCAAAGGUUAAUAAUAACUUUGUUUCUAAUGUUAAAAUGCCUGAGCCUGCACAUAUUCAUUCUCUACAUCAUCGCUGUUUUUUCCAUAGUGAACUUGAUAUUUACUUGAUCGCUGUUUGUUUAUUGAAAAGUUCGACAUGAUGUUAGGUGGAAUGUAGCAUCUGUUUUCCUCUUCUUUUGCGUCCAUGUCUCUUCUUCAAUAUUUGCCAGUUGUGCUGGGUAGCUGCCAAGAAAAUCAAACGGCAGGUACAAUCUCACAGGUAAAUGUAUCAACUCAACAUUCAGACUUCUCAAACCUGCAGACAUUAUACUGACAAAUAAUUCCAAUCAAAGUUACUUUUGUUGCCUGGAGACUGACUUAAACAUGGGUUAUUCUAACAGCAGAUCAUCUUCAUUCAGGUUUUUUUUUUAAAAACACAAUGCAAAGAGAAGAGGCCUGAUGUGGGUUGUUAAUGUUUGUUUUGACUUCUCGAUACCUCAGUAAGUGUGAACCAAAUCUGACCUGCAUAAACGUCUGGAUUCCUGGAAUGUUUCAGUCGGAAACUUCACUUGAUGACUUAAGUAAACAGUUUGUCUCUCUCAUGUCCUCUCACAGUUCAUAUGCCACUCAAACUAGACAUUUUAUGUAUGUAUUGCUGUGUGGGAGAAAGGUUAGGGGAUUGGGAGUUCAAGGCACAGUGUAUAUUUGUGAGGUUUCUGCUAUGUUCUCUUCGGGAUGUAAAGGUCUAUAUUGUGAUUGUUAACAUUUUAGGAACCGUACAUGUUUUUAUAUCUGGAUUUUGUCAGUGUGUGACUGUGUAGCACAACAUUACUAUGUGGGUGUGAACUUUUCUUUUUAAAAAUUUUAAUAAUCGUUAUCUAUUUUGUACAAAUUUUAGGAGUGUGCCUGUCACUGGCAAGUGAAGCUUCUCUGCAGUCUAUCAGAAAUGUCUGUACAGGGAGGCCUGUCAUACAUGCACUUUACUCCCUUUUACUUUUAAUGUGGCUUUUUUAAUGUAUGGUUGCUACUUUUGGGGAGCAUGCUUGGGUAGUAGCAGCUGUUGGGUAUGCGUGUGUAUUGUCAGAAACCUGAUUUUAUUUGUGUUUUAUUUUAAACUAUCAGUGUAAAUAUUCUUUUAUAUAAUGUGCUUCAACUGUGACCAUUAAACAAUGGAAAUUA